AUGGCAACGGAGAAGUUGGACUCGAUUCUUCGCAACCAUGUUGCGACAGAUAGCGAGACAAAGGGGAAACUUAUAGGCGCAUCUUUUGUCGUGGCGUUCUAUACUCGGGCUCUGCCGGGAGAAUCGGCUUGGAGACCUGUUAUGCAGCUCGUGGAGCAGGGCCGUCUGAAGCUAGAGGAUGACAUGAGAGAACUGGUGCCCGAGUUAGCCACCAUGCAAAUUCUGAAAGGAUUUGACGGAGACAAACCGAUCCUUGAGGACAACGUGAACCCAAUCACACUUUGGAACUUACUAACCCACACCGUCGGACUCGGCUACGACAUCGGCGACCCCGACCUCGUGAAGUGGUCCAAAGCCGUGGGCCGCACCGCAACCUGUAAUGACUGGUCCCUCGAAGGCUUCACCACUCCAACUAAGUUCCCGCCCGGAGAAGGCUGGUACUACGGUACGGCGAUCGACUGGGCCUGCCAAGCCCUCGAGAAGAUCACAGGCGAUCGGUUGAGCGUCUACGUACAGGCUCACAUUUUCGAUCCUUUAGGUAUGAAAGACUCCACAUGGUGGCCCGAACAACUUCAGCAUGUCACCGAUCGGAGAGUCCAGAUGACAUACCGGCAGGAUGACGGGACGCUCCAGGGGGGUCCGGCGCCUUACCCCAUCGAACACGAGAUUGAGAGCGGCGGGAGUGGUCUGUUUACGACUCUCAGAGACUACGGCAGGUUUAUCCAAGGGUUUCUUGGUGGGGAGCUACUAAAGAAGGAAACGAUGGACCUCAUGUUCACGCCGCAGCUCAACGAGCAGCAGGAUGAGAUGCUAAACCAAGUGGCGACAGAGUUCCACGACGGGUUCAAGCCCGAGUUUCCGAGGCAGCUGCGCAUUAGCCACGGCAUUGGCGGGAUCCUCAACGAUGACGAUUGUCCUGGAAAGAGGAGCAAGGGGAGCAUGUCGUGGAGCGGGUAUUGCAACUCUCGUUGGGUAGGGUGGAUCGACCCCACGAUCGGAAUUGGAGCGGCUCAAAUGGUGUUCCUGCUGCCCUAUCCCGAUGCUGUGGCGAAUCGUCUAUGGGAUCAGCUGGAAAGGACCGUCUACUCUAACUUGAUGGCUGAGUGA